AGAGUGGGCAACGACUUGGAUCAGCAUGGCUCGAGCUCGAAGGAGGAUCAAGACACUCACAGUCUGCGAAGAGUGGGCAACGACUUGGAUCAGCAUGGCUCGAGCUCCAAAGAGAAUCAAGAAACUCACACGCUGCGAAGAGUGGGCAACGACUUGAAUCAGCAUGGCUCGAGCUCCAAGGAGGAUCAAGAAACUCACACGCUGCGAAGAGUGGGCAACGACUUGAAUCAGCAUGGCUCGAGCUCCAAGGAGGAUCAAGAAACUCACACGCUGCGAAGAGUGGGCAACGACUUGAAUCAGCAUGGCUCGAGCUCCAAGGAGGAUCAAGAAACUCACACGCUGCGAAGAGUGGGCAACGACUUGAAUCAGCAUGGCUCGAGCUCCAAGGAGGAUCAAGAAACUCACACGCUGCGAAGAGUGGGCAACGACUUGAAUCAGCAUGGCUCGAGCUCCAAGGAGGAUCAAGAAACUCACACGCUGCGAAGAGUGGGCAACGACUUGAAUCAGCAUGGCUCGAGCUCGAAGGAGGAUCAAGAAACUCACAGUGUGCGAAGAGUGGGCAACGACUUGGAUCAGCAUGGCUCGAGCUCAAAGGAGGAUCAAGAC